AUGGAAACUGGACCACAAGAUUCUAUACCAGAUCGUCCACCUCCGUUACGUCGGUCUACACGUAUACAAAAAAGAGAUGAGAAAAGAAGAUACGAGGAGUUGGAACGCAAAGAAAUGGAAUCAAGAAAAUCAAUAAUGUAG